AAAAGUGAAAUUCAAAGAGGCUAAUUAGAGAUGGAAAACAAAACGUCCAAGGUACCCCAUAUAUUAGCCCUUCCGUAUCCGAGUCAAGGGCACGUUAACCCGAUGCUCCAAUUUUGCAAGCGCUUGGCUUCCAAGGGCCUCAAAGCCACUUUGGCAACCACCGUCUUCAUCUCCAACACCUUCAAUCCCCAGUCACCGGCCCCAAUCCAACUCGACACCAUAUCUGACGGCUACGAUGACGGCGGCUUCACCCAUGCCAAGAGCAUCGACGACUACCUUGCGCGGUUACAAGUUUCUGGCUCCAAAACCCUGGCGGAGCUCAUUACAAGGCACAACAACUCGCCACACCCAAUUGACUGCAUAGUGUACGACGGGUUUCUACCGUGGGCGUUGGACGUGGCUCAUCAGUUGGGCAUAAAAGGAGCCACUUUUUUCACCCAAGCAUGCACUGUGAACUACGUCUAUUAUUGCGUGCACCACCGAAAGUUGACGCUUCCGGUGUCUUCUUUCCCGCUCCCCAUUGAUGGAUUGGAGUUAUUGCUUGAUCAGCUCCAUGACAUGCCUUCUUACAUAGCCGUUGAGGGCUCAUAUCCAGCUUACUUUGAGUUGCUGUUGAACCAGUUUUCUAAUGUGCACAACGCUGAUUUCAUCCUCAUUAAUACCGUCUAUGAGCUAGAGGAACAGGUAGUGGAUUCCAUGUCAAAACUUUGUCCCUUGCGGCCAAUUGGACCAACAAUUCCAUCCAUCUACUUAGACAGCCGUAUCAAAGAUGACAAGGAUUAUGGUCUUGAUCUCUUGAUCACAUCAGACGACCCAUCAAUUUCCACAAAUAAUAAUUGGCUCAACAAUAAGCCAGCAGGGUCUGUUGUUUAUGUGACCUUCGGAAGCAUGGCAAGCUUGAGUGACAAGCAAAUGGAGGAAGUAGCGUCUGCACUAAAAGCCACAAACUUUUACUUCAUAUGGGCUCUUCGGGCUUCUGAAGAGGAAAAACUCCCCCACAAGUUUGUCCAAGAGACUUGUGACAAAGGUUUAAUAGUGAAUUGGUGUUCCCAAGUAGAAGUUCUCUCACACCCUUCUGUUGGGUGUUUUGUCACACAUUGUGGGUGGAAUUCUGCGAUUGAGGCUCUCAGUUUAGGAGUGCCAAUGGUGGGAAUGCCGCUGUGGACCGACCAGCCCACCGUCGCCAAACUUGUUGAGCAUUUGUGGAAGGUUGGGGUUAGAGUUAAGGUUGAUUAUGAUGAGAGUUAUAAUGUGAUUAUGGAAAGAAAAGAGAUUGAGUUUUGCAUUAGGGAAGUUAUGGAGGGUGAUAGAGCCGCAGAAAUGAGAAUGAAUGGUAAGAAAUGGAGGAACUUGGCUUUGCAGGCAAUUAGUGAAGGUGGCAGCUCCGACAAGAACAUCGAUGAAUUUGUAUCAAAAUUGAAAAUGACCGACAUUAAUUAGUACUUGUAAAGCUCAUUCUAUUGUGUGCAUGUGUUUGUGACCACAACCUUUAAUAA